GAGAGAGAGCGACGACGCAGGCAGAAGCGCGAGCGAGCAACAGAGAGAGAGAGAGAGAGGGGAUGGCUGGUAGGAUUUAGCCCCGGCAGCGUCUUUUCCCGUCCAACACAACAAGCUUAUUACCUUUCUGUCCACGCGCCUGGAAACGGAUUUACGCACACGAAAGGAGGAGUUUGGAGGUCUAGUAGGAUGCUGAGUAUCUUUCCUCCUCGCCACUGCUCUCAACCCUGCUCUCCAUGACCUGAGAGCGCCACCACAGCGGGAGGAACGAAACACUAGAGAGAGAGAGAGAGAGAGAGAGAGGAAGAGGAGGACAGAAGGCCAGGGAAGAAAGGCAGGCCGGAAGGAAGAGACUUUUUUGUUGUUAUUGUUUGGUUUCCCUUUCUGAGAUGGCGGCAACGGAGGCCAGCACAGCACCGGUGGUCCAGGAAGAUGGAAAAAGCACCGAAAAUAAGCCAGCAGAGGUGGAGCAAGCGGCCAAAAACGCCAACACAAGCUCAGAGACUGUCAAAGACGAGGCUGUCGAUAAAGACGGCACAGCCGUCAACAGCGAGGUUGUCGAAAACAAAGAGACUGUGAAUAACGACACAGCGGUGGCGGACACAGUGGGAACUGAGGAGGGGGGAGCCGCGGCGGCAGGCGAGGAUGCGCCGCCGCCUCAGAGCUCCGAAAACACCACUUCCUCUGAACCCAAGACCUCGUUCCUGGACUCCUUCCUCAACAAGAGCGGCCUGGGAAAGGUGAUGGGUGGAAGGAAGAAGAAAGAGCAGAGCGCCCCCGCGGCUGGAGGCGAGGAGGGCGCGGCUGAAGGAGGGGAGAAAGAGGCCGACAAAGGAGGGGAGGAAGCUGCCGCAGCAGAGGGAGGAGCGGAAGGAGGUGCAGAAGGUGAGGCGGCGACAGAGAAGGCUGCGGAAAAUGGAGAGAAGGAAGACGAGAAGAAAGCGGAGAAGAGCAAAGCAGCGGAGGCGAAAUCCACAGUUCGAGAUUUGAUCAGGAAGCCUGUGGCGAGAAUCUUCUCCCAUCGCAGCACUGAGAAGAAGGAGGGCGCCGCUGCAGAGCCCCAGAAACCAGUAAAGGUCCGGUCCAAGUCUCUGGACCGGCUGGAAGAUCCCGAAGCACUUAACACCACUGCAGACUCCAUCGUAGAGGAAGGAGGAGCAGCGGGAGGUGCAGAAGAAGAACAGAAAGCCUCGGCCUCUUCAGCAACCACGAAGCACAUGAAGCGCUGGCACUCCUUCAAGAAGCUCAUGGCUCAGAAGGCACACAAGAAGACUGGAGGAGGUGAGGAUGGGAAAGAGGAAGGAGCAGAGGGAGAAGGAGGUGGCGGAGACUCCUCCACACUUGACUCCAAAGAGUCAGGCCAGAAGAGGUGGAAGCUCAAACGCUCCUGGACCUUCCAGGGCUUGAAGAGGGACACCUCCAUGUCCGGCAUCAGCGGCAAGGCCAAGGGCUCCGACAAAGACUCCGCUGAAAACGCCAAGCCCGAGGAGCCUGCAGCAGGAGCUGAGGGAGGAGAGGAAGCAGAGGAGGGCAAGACAGAGGGAGGGGAGGAGAAGGAGAAAGCAGAAGGAGGUGAGGAGGAGAAGGCGGCGGCAGCAGGUGGAACGGUGACACAACACGCCAACGAGAUCUGGACCUCCUUCAAGAAGCGGGUCAUCCCCAAGAGCAAACGCACCAACACGGAGUGCCACCCUGGAGGCGAGGAGGAGGCGCCUGCGGCCUCGGGUGAGGAAGGCGCCACAGAGGACGGCAAAGACGGAAAGUCGGCCAAAGCCAAGCGCUCACAUUUCGGCCGUGCGGUUUCCCUGAAGAACUUCAUCAUGCGGAAGGGCAAGUCCACCAGUGUGGACACAGGCGAGGGCGCCAAGGAGGAGGAGGCCGCAGAGGGAGGAGAGGGAGGAGAGGCAGCGGCGACAGAGGAGGGAGCCGCUGACGGCGAAGCUGCCGCAGCGACCGCGGAAGCCAACGACAAAGAUGCAGCGACAGCAGCUGAGAAGACACCAGCGGAGGAGAGUGAAGCGGAGGUGGCGAAGGAGCCGGAGAAGGAGCCGGAGAAGACGACGGCCGAAGCUCCGGUGACCAACGGGGAGAACGGCUGCUCCAACGGCACAGAGGAGGAGAACGCCACGCAUAAUCACCAGGAGGAGGAAAAGACAACAGGGAGCAGCCCCAUGAAGAAGAGCAAGGAGGCGGGAGGGGUGAAAGAUGAGGCCAACGCCAAGAUCAUCAACGCCACGGCGGCCGUGAACAGCGACAAAAAGGCGGGAAACGUGUGAGGCCACACAAAGAGGAUUAGAACUGCCCGGGAUUCGCUGAGCAAGGAGCUCUGAGCCCCACCCCCCCCAACUCCUCCACUUUCUUGUCCUCUUAUUUCCUCCCCCGUCCUCCUCCUCCUCUCUCCCUUCAUCCCUCCCAAUAAAUGGAGUAAUCACGUGUUAUCAAACCAACAUGGUGAGAAACGAGAGACGGAGAGAAAGAUGCAAUUCAUGUAGACGAGAAGAAAAAUGAUUACUCGGAAAGCAAUAAUUCAAGCCCUUCUUUUUGUCCAUCCAUCCGUCAUCCAUCCAUCCGUCAUCCAUCCAUCCGUCAUC